UUCAAAUCGGCAUGAGAAGCAUGGCUACGACUGGUGCAAAUAUCGUUCAAAAUGUGUCCUCCUUGUCAAAAUUGCAGUCUUUGAAUGGAAUAUUUGCCAUUUAUAAAAAAUGCGGACCAACAUCUGCCGAUGUGUUAAACUCUUUGAAAGAGAAACUCUUGAAAGAGGCUGGGGUGUCAAAUCCCAAUCCCCGUAAGAGGAAAAAACAAGCCGUGAAAAUCGGUCAUGGUGGCACUCUGGAUAGCGCGGCCUCUGGUGUUCUCGUUGUUGGGAUAGGAGAAGGCACAAAGAUGCUAACCACCAUGCUUGCAGGUUCAAAGAAAUACAGAGUGGUGGGAGAGUUGGGAAAAGCUACAGACACACUUGAUGCCACUGGCGCUGUAGUGCACGAGAAGAGCUAUGAGCAUGUGACCCGUGAGGCCCUGGAGGAGCAUCUGCAGAAGUUCACCGGAGACAUCAUGCAGGUCCCUCCUCUCUACUCGGCUCUGAAGAAGGAUGGCAAGCGUCUGUCUGUGCUACUAAAACAGGGUCAGGAGGUGGAGGCCAAGCCUGCCCGGCCUGUCACCGUCUACAACCUCACAGUCACAGACUUCAGCCAGCCACUCUUCACCCUGGACAUAGAAUGUGGUGGCGGUUUCUACGUCAGAAGCUUGGUGGAUGACCUUGGAAAAGCCCUGUCGUCCUGUGCCCACGUGAGUGAGCUGGUGCGGACCAAGCAGGGCCAGUUCACCCUGGACGAGCACGCACUGAAGGAGGAGCAGUGGACCCUGCAGCACAUCAGCGCCGCCCUGCAGGCCUGUCCCCCAACUGCAAAGCCCCAGCCUGGGCAAAACAGAAAUGCAAAGCACAGCAACAACAACAACAAACCUCUGCCCCAGCCCAGCACCCCAGAGCAGGCAAAAGAUGGAGCUGAUGGAGCCAAUAGCAGGGACUGAUCAGCAGGGGGAGCUCCAGAGUCUGUGUCUGUCACGCACUCUGUCAGCAGGCCUGAGGCAUUCUGAGGUGGUGGUGGCGGAGGGUGGUUGUUUUGCCGGCUGCACUGACUUGCUCUGACUGUGGUGGUCUCCACCCUAAGUGUGACCUUUUGAGUUCAUUUAGGUCGUCUGCAGUAUUCCCAACUGUACGAGGCAGCUACAAGGAGCCCUCAAAGUUAUUUGGGUCCAAAAAUCAGAUAUGUUUGAGGCUAAAGUUUUUGUUGAAUGUUAAGCGAGUGAUAGAACUCUUAAGUUAAAAAAAUACUUUUUUCGGCAGCCAGUAACGGCUAAUUCAGCAGCACGUCGACACUGAUGCAAUCUUUUUUUUUCUCUCUAAGUAAUUGUAUAAUAUUAUUAUGCUUGUGUCAGAUUGAUCAGCUUCCUCAUGCUACCUCUUCCUCCUCUCCCAUCAGAUGAAUGUGGCUAAAACCCGCCACAGUUUAGUGUGUCCGUAGAGAGGGACAGUAGCAGUGGCCGUGCUGUGAUGUGGGAAGGGAUGAUAUUGGCCAGGGCCUGCUCUCAUCAGACCUGCGCUAAGCCACCACAGGGUUUGGACACGCGGAUGGUCGUAGUAUUAGCGCCGAUAAUCUGCCUCUCUCUCUCGGCCGCGAGUCAGAGCUCCCUAAAGCAGCAAUCACUUUUUUUCCCCUCCCUCCCUCCCUCCCUUUCCCAUGUAAGCGGCAAGCUCUAGGCACACAUGCAAGACUUAGAUGAUUAUUUUCAUGCCCAAGCUCCCAGCUGGCGUCAUGAUGUCACGAUUAUGUAAGAAGAGUAGAAACGAUGUUGAUGUUUCUUUUCAGGUUGUUUUUAUUUCUCUGUGUGUGUGUGUGUGUGUGUGUGUGUGAGAAGGAUUGAGAGAUGUCCAAAAUGUCAAGACAUUUUUUUUGAAGUGUUACGGUCUAAAAAAAAAAAAAAAAAAAGCAAGAACAAGAAAUCAAAUGUACGUGAUGGGAAUUUCAAGGAAUGUUGUUGAAUAUGCGAUCUGGUGCGUCCAUGGGAAUGAAAACAAACCAAUGCUGACCUCUGCAUGAUUAAUUCCCUCUGUGGUCGCCACAAAAUAUAAAUAAACAUUUGCUUUCACUUCUAAUUACAAAGCCUCUCGUUAAUGUGGUCCCCUAGACACGAAUGAGGAAUUGACUGACAGGUCUGGCUUGCCUUAAGUGAGUUGGGGUUGAUGUAGGUGAGUAAGUGAGUGAUGGUGUAGGUGGUGGUACUGGUUCCUGCGGCUGUUGGAGCAGACGGAUGCUGGGGCCGGCUGCUGCCCCUCUCUCUCUCUCUCUCUCUCUCUCUCUCUCUCUCUGGCGGGCUAAUCCCCGUCACCCGGGCGCUAAUGGGAUCACCGUCAAAUCUCCCCGGCCCUCAGAUUACUCCGGCUGACUCAUGCUUUUAACGGGCAUUAGUCAUAAUAAACACUGGGGGGAAAACACAGAGGAGGGUCUUGCACCCCCUAACCCCCCCACCCACCCACCAGCAGCAGGAGCACCAGGGAGGCCAAAUGGCACAACGCUUAACAGCUCCUCAACUUCCCAGAUAUUUCACCAAGAUUUUCCCCACAUGUGAAAGCCUUCCAUCUAUUUGUUACACAAGCCGUAGUGGUGGUGAAGUUCCUUACGGACUGGUUUGAAACAAGUCUGCUGACAUUGUCUGAAUCCCGAUCUCAUCCCUCAGCCCUAAGUCCUGAACCAACGAAGACUUAACUGACAUCCGUCGUAAGUGAUGAAGUUUGCGAGAGUGUAAGGGUUCAAAAUGCUAAUAAUAGGGAUGGAACAGCACCUGUGACCUAUCAUUAAAUUAAACAAAAUAAAACACGUUUCUGUUUUAUGGCA